AUAAUAAUGUAUUAGCCUCAAAAAUAAAAAUAUUGAGGCCACGAUCAUCCAACUUUAAAGAAUUCUCAUUUUCUUCUUCUUAUCUAUUUUUUUUUUUUUAAAAAAAAGAAUUGAAGAGAAAUUCCUUCAUCUUCUUCUUUAAUGGCGUAUGACUCAGACAUCAAACUCUGACGCCAUUCCUUAAUCUUCCAAAAAAAAAAACGAAAAAGAAAAAGAAUUUGGCCAUAUUCGUCAUUCUGUAAUUAUAAAUUAAGUCUCUUCUCAAGGUGGGGGAUUUAGUCCUCGUUCAUUUAAUUUCUUUAAAAUUUUCCUUUUAAGUUAUGGAGGGCUUUUUCCACUGUCCUGCCAAUUUUACCCCUCUCUCGCCGGUCGGCUUCUUGAAAAGAGCCGCCACCGUGUACGGCGGCCGGCCCUCGGUGGUUUACGGCGCUCGAGUGUACACUUGGUCGGAGACUUAUGGGCGGUGUCUCACACUCGCUUCCGCUUUGGUUCAUCACUUCCACGUCUCUCCCGGUGAUUUGGUUGUAGCAAUGGCGCCCAAUAUUCCAGAGCUUUACGAGCUUCACUUUGCAGUUCCAAUGGCCGGAGCCAUAAUUUCAGCUCUCAACACAAAACUAGACUCGUCCGCAUUAUCCUUACUCCUCCAACAACUAAACCCCAAGAUCAUCUUCCUAGACUCCCAAUUUCUUCCCAUUCUCCUCAAAUCCCUUGAAAAUAAUUCCAUCAAAUUCCCCGCCCUCGUCCUCAUCUCCACCAAUCCUAACACCUCGCGGUUGGAAUACUUUGACUACAAUAGAGUUCUCGCAAUGAGAUUUAGUGAUGACAACGACUUCACACCGAGGUCGAAUGCCGAACUCGAUCCCAUUUCCAUUAAUUACACCUCGGGUUCGACCGGGCUCCAUAAGGGCGUUAUUUAUAGUCACAGAGCUGCUUAUCUUAAUUCUCUAGCAACCAUUUUUCGGAGUGGAAUUUGUAAGUCCACUUCUUCACCAGUGUUCUUAUGGACCGUUGACAUGUUUCGGUGCAAUGGCUGGUGCUUCAUUUGGGCCAUGGCAGCUCUAGGAGGUUGCAACAUUUGUCUUAGGACUGUCACAGCUGAAGCUAUAUUCACCAAUGUUGAACUUCAUAAAGUUACUCUUUUAUGUGGUCCAUCCACUCUUUUGAAAAUGAUUUCAGAAUCGUUGUCCAAUCAUUAUAUGUCACGUCGUCUUUCGCGACGUGUAGAUCUCAUAGUGGCUGGUGCAUUACCAAUCAAGGAGAUUUUGACCAAAGUCAAUGAAUUGGGUUUCAAUAUAAGUUAUGGUUAUGGUAUGACUGAAGCAAUGGGUCCUGUCAUAAUUAGGCCCUGGAAGCCCAAUUUUGAAGAAGAAACCGUCCAAUUUGAGGAUUUGAUCACAUCAUUAGAGAUUGAUGUGAAAGAUCCAAUAUCAAUGGAGAGUGUUUUGGGAGAUGGUGAAACCUUAGGAGAAGUAAUGUUGAGAGGCAACACUUUGAUGUCUGGCUAUUACAAGAAUUUGAAAGCAACUCAUGAGGCUUUUAGUGGGGAUAAUUGGUAUAGGACUGGUGAUAUUGGGCUUAGACAUAAGAGCGGUAGAAUUGAAAUGAAGGAUAGAGCUAAAGAUAUUGUAGUGAGGGCCGAUGGGGAGGGCGUGGUGAGCACGGUGGAGGUCGAGGGCGUGUUGAUGAGCCACCCGGACGUUGCAGAGGCAGCAGUGGUCGAGGAAAGGAUGUUGUGUGGGUUUGUGAAAAUGAAGGACGAGAGAAAAGAGAAUGGUGAUGAGAUUGUUGAGUUUUGUCGAAUGUAUUUACCAGAGUUUAUGGUGCCUAAGAAGAUUGUAUUUGGAGAUUUGCCAAUGAAUUCCAUAGGGAAGGUACAAAAGUUUGUUGUGAGGGAGAAGGCAAAGACAUUGAAUGCCAACAAUACAAUAUAAAUGAGCUAUUAAUGCAUUCCUUCUUACUAGCAAGAAGGUACCCCAUUUCAUUACUUUAUUAUGCUUUUGACCAUUACCAUUACAAAAGAGGAAUGCAAAAUGGGGAAAGAGAAGAUAGAUGAUUUCUUUUUCAAUAAAUAUGUUGUCAAAUUUGAGUAAAAAAACAAAUUGGCAAUAAUGCCCCCUAGUAUAAUGAAGAAAAUACCAUUUCUUUAUUGUUA